GCCCCGACCAUCCCAGCUUUGGCAACAACUUCGAUCGCAAACACAUGCAACACGAUGCCAACUCAUUAUCCUUGGAAAACAAUGAUGUAUUCAGUGGCAGCCAGGCAUUGCUAAGCAGGACAGCUCCAGCUCUUGUCCUCAUUAUAUUCUUGGUUCGAACAGCUUAUAUGGUAUGGAAAUACUGUUAUUGGACCCUAAGGGGUGUGAAACAGCUGAAAGCGAAUUUCCUCUUAGGCCACAUAGCCAAAUUGCAAAGCCUGAACCACAGACAGUUUAUGCAGGAGGUGUACGAUACCUUCCGGGGUAGAGAGAAAUUUGUCGGUGUUUAUGCCUUUACCAAACCUGUGGCUGUAAUUUUGGACUUGGAUCUGGUAAAGGCGGUGUUGAUAAAGGAUUUCAGUAAUUUUUCCAGUCGCAUGUUAUAUAAAAAUGAAAAGGAUAUUCUCUCGCAACAUCUCUUCAAUGUAGAGGCAGGAUUAUGGCGGCCACUGCGUCACAAAUUCUCACCCACCUUUACAUCGGGAAAAAUAAAAUUUAUGUUUCCCACCGUUCGAAAGCUGUGCCAGGAUUUCGUGCUGAGCGUGGAGAGGGGCUUGGAAAAAUCGGAUUUGCUCAAUGUUCACCAUUUCAAUAGCCUCUUCACCGUGGAUGCCAUUGGCACAUGUUUCUUUGGCAUUGAAUGCAAUAGCUUGCGGAAUCCCGAGGCCGAAUUCCUCAAACUAAGUUCGAGAAUUUUUAGCCGCACUAACUUCAAUGUUCGCUGGCAUCUUUUCAAACAAACCUAUGUGGGGCUAAUGAAAUUUAUUGGCUUUAAGAGAUUUCCCCAAUUCGUGGAAGAUUUCUUCAGAAUUACGGUAUGUGAGGGGUUUAAAGCCCGGAAAAGGCAGGAGAUUUUACGCAAUGACUUUGUGGAUAUUCUAAUUGAACUGAAAAAAUCUAGGGAUUUAAAUUUGAGCUACGAUAAAAUUUCGGCUCAAUUGUUUAUAUUUUUCACGGCGGGUUUUGAGACCUCUUCGACAUCGAUGAGUUAUGCCCUCUACGAAUUGGCCAAAUAUCCGGAUAUACAAAAUAAAUUAAGGCAGGAUAUUUGGGAAGUUCUACAGCAACACAAUAACGAGCUGAGCUAUGAGGCCCUAAUGGAUAUGGAGUAUCUGGAUUGUGUUUUGACAGAAACCCUCCGCAUGUAUCCCCCAUUGCCAUUUCUACAGCGAGUCUCUCUCAAUGACUACCCAGUCCCUGGAACGAAAUUCGUAAUUGAAAAGAACACCGAAGUCUUUAUACCCGCCCAUGCCAUACAUUACGAUCCGGAUAUAUAUCCGAAUCCAAAGCUAUUUCGACCAGAACGUUUCCUGCGCCGAGAAUUAUUCAAACGCCAUCCCCAGACAUUUUUGGGCUUUGGAGAUGGCCCCAGAAAUUGCAUUGCCCUGCGAUUUGGUCGGAUGAUAACAAAAUUAGGCCUCAUUGCCCUUUUGACCAAAUUUAAAUUUUCCCAAUCGUCCGAAAAUUGUGGGGAUAUUGAAUUUUCCAAUCAUAGCAUGGUUCUGGUACCGAAGGGCAGUGUUUAUUUGAGGGUGGAGAGAAUUGAAAAUUAA